GGGGCCUGCCCGGGCCCCCCGGGGGGCCAGCCACUGCCAUGCAGUUCUUCACCAAGGGCUACCAGGAGACCAUCUCAGAUAUCCUGAAUGAUGCCAUAUUUGAUGAAGAUCAUGAUGAGAUGGUAAUUGUGAAGGACAUAGACAUGUUCUCGUUGUGCGAACAUCACCUGGUUCCAUUCGUUGGGAAGGUACAUAUAGGUUAUCUUCCUAACAAACAAGUCCUUGGUCUCAGCAAGCUUGCUAGGAUUGUGGAGAUCUACAGUAGAAGACUACAAGUGCAGGAGCGCCUUACCAAGCAAAUUGCAGUAGCCAUCACAGAAGCCUUGCAGCCAACUGGAGUUGGGGUGGUUAUUGAAGCGACACACAUGUGCAUGGUAAUGCGUGGCGUGCAGAAAAUGAACAGUAAAACAGUCACAAGCACAAUGUUGGGAGUAUUCCGGGAGGAUCCAAAGACUCGGGAAGAGUUCUUAACUCUCAUCCGCAGCUGAAACCAUGCCCUUCACCAAAUGCACUCUACAGAUCGUACUGUCCUGUGUCGCUAUCUGUUCUUAACUGUUUGUACGUCUGAUUUUUAACUAAGUCGUGAGUUAUAAUAUGUGCAAGAAUUGAUGGUAAGUCAAAAAUGUAACAGUGAGCAUAGAUAUCCAUAGGGCCUACCUGCCUCUUGUGUCAAAGGAUAACCAAUAGUAUUUAAAUAUACUUGCACCAUUUACACUACAAUGUAUUGCCACUGAGAAAAACAGCAGAUAGGCAAAAGCAAAAUGAGGCUCUUCAUCCAAAAUAGAACUUUAUUUGGCAGGUUACGUCUAGCACAACAUAGGAAUUAUUGAAAGGCUACAGAUCUUUGCAAGGUAAUAUACGUGCCCCAGAAACUGUCUUACAUCCCUUCUAGGGAGGCCCUGAAUGAUGAUCACUGAAGCGUCUGGAUUCAUACUGUACCUUUUUAAUUGCAAAUCUUCUGAUAUGUCUGUUUCAGUCUUUGAACAUGCCUGUCGGCCAUUUUAUGUGA